AAAAAAAAAAAAAGAAAAAAUAAAUGCACAAUAAAGAUAAUCAAGAAAUAACUAGCUUCAAGAACUAGAAUACCUUUAUUCAUUUCUUUUUUCUAAGUUGGGAUUGAAAAUAUCAAGAUCAAUUCUUAAUAUGGUAAUCAUAUUACAUGAUGAAGCAUAUUAUAAAAGUCGAAUACCGCAACCCGAUUUAGGACCUUUUAGAAAUUUUUUGCGGUUUCUUUGGGAUAAAGAAAGAAAAGCAUUUCUCGACAGAACGGCAAAAGAUUGGGGUCAACUAGGAUUAUUUUAUUUGUGCUUUUUUACUAUUUUGGGAACAAUAUUUGCGGUACAAAUGAAGGUCAGUAUAGAUUACGUUUCUCAACUGGAUAAACCAUUUUUUCAAUACCUUCCAAAAUCUGGGAAAGCUUCACGUUUUAGCCGAUCAACUUUCGGCAGUCCAGGAAUAGUUUUUAAACCAAACAGCGUGUCAACUGCAUCACCUAUUAUUUCGGUGAGCAACUUAACUGACAAUACCAAAUCGGAAAGAUACGUUCAAGCGAUAAAUGAUUUUUUACAAGAAUAUUAUAAAAAUAAAUCAAACUAUGAUUUAGACUGUUAUAAAAAACAUUCGAUAUCAAGCCAUCAUAGAAAAUCUUGCUUUUUCAACAUACACAAUCUUGGAAUAUGUAGCACGCCUCCAUAUGGUUAUACGAAACCUUUAAAACCUUGUGUCCUUAUUAAAUUUAAUAAGAGGUUCGAUUGGAUCCCAGAAUAUUAUAAUUAUUCGUCGCAUUUGCCGCAGAAUAUGCCAGCCAAAUUGAAGAAAGUAGUGCAAAAAUCUCACAAGCCUUACAUUUGGUUGUCGUGCAACGGAGCGAAUAACGUCGAUAAAGACCAUAUCGGAGAAAUAGAAUACAUUCCGACUCCUGGAUUUCCAGUUGAAUAUUUUCCAUUUACCGGACAACUAGAUUACAUGUCUCCUAUUGUCGCGUUGAAAUUCAAUAGUUUAACACUAAAUAGAUUAGUGACAGUGGAGUGCUACUUGUGGGCUCAGAAUAUCGAGCAGCAAUCUCAAUACUCGUUGGAUUUUCAAAUAAUAAUAGAGUAUCAAAGAUCACUCGUCACUUGAGGAGAAACAUUGAUUAAGAUUGAUUUUAAACAGGAGAUUAAUUUAAUUUAAAUAUAAAAAAUAAAUAAAUAAAAUGACAAGAACAUCAAGAAUAAAUCUCUUUUGUUGUUGUGUAUUCUUAUAUAACGAGCCAUUGUUACGAAGAAGAAAAUAAUAAUCGAAAAUUAUGGAAGGAUAAUUGAGAUUUAUUACUGAAUUAUUGUAUAUUGUUAGAAGAAAUAAUUUAAUUUUUAUCAUUUAAUUCGAAUCUAAUUCAGGCCACCUUUUUCCUCUCGUGGCCUUUUGACAAGAAUCUUUCCUCGAUGUGUGUGAAAUUCAAUUUACAGUAAAACGCGAUUUACGAUAUAUUUCAUGACAAGAAACAUGCGCGAAAUAAUGUGACCUUGAAUGCUUCUGAUUUAUACAUCAUUGCAUAAUCCUAUAGAUAAAAUCUAAUAUCUUAAGAUUUAUACAUGUUACGAUUAAAUAUAUCAAGAUCUCGUGAUUUUAUAUUAUUUAAGUAAAAAUUAAAAUAAAUAAAUUAUGAUUCGAAAAUAUAUUAUGAAUAUUUGUAGAUGAGAAUAAGAGAGAAAGUAUUAUGGAUUAUCAAAAGUAUUGUAUAUAUUAUAUAUAUAUAUAUAUAUUCUCAAAUUGCAAAUACAUACUUUAUCUUGAAAUCGGAUAAAAUUAUAUAUACUUUAUUAAUUUAUUAAUAUUAAUUUUUAAAUGACGAUAAAAAUUACAAUUUUGUCUAUCGAGAAAAAGUUGAAACGUAAAUUUAAAAAUCUUGUCACUCGGGGCAACAUCUCGUCAUUGACAAAUCACACGAAGCGAUAUAUAAGUUCAAUCGGUAAUCUCUUAUAAAUUUAAGAAUAUAUUGGAUGGAUAUGCGUGACACGAAGAAAAUAUAAAUACGUCUAUAAAGAAUUUUCAAACGGUAUUUUUCGUUUUCCAUAAACGAGGACAUGUUGAAUCGAUAUGAAUGUGCGUCGAUAAUUCUCUUCGUUACGACUUUCAAUG